GCUUUGGCUUAGCUGAUUUAAACAAACAAAAGUUUGGAAUGCCAGGAUUAUGGUAGAAAAAGAACUGCCUUUUCCAGAGGACUGUACAUCUAAACAAGAAACAGACAUGUCUUUGGAUGACAUGGAGAUGAAAACCGACGACUUGUUAGAGAAGGAGCAGAUAGACAGUGGAGGGUUUGGAAUGGUGUCCUUGUGUUUUCAUAGAAACCAUGGGCUUGUGAUCUUGAAAAAUGUAUACACCGGUCCCAAACGCACUGAGUAUAAUGCUGCCCUCCUGGAAGAAGGGAAGAUCAUGCACAGGCUGAAGCAUAAUCGAGUAGUGAAGUUCCUAGGCUUUAUUUUAGAAGAUGGGAAUUACUCCCUUGUAAUGGAGUAUAUGGAAAAAGGGAAUCUCAUGAAGGUGCUAAAAACAACCAGUAUCCCCUUAUCUGUGAAAGGAAGAAUCAUUCUAGAGAUUAUUGAAGGAAUGUGCUACUUGCAUGGAGAAGGUGUAAUACACAAAGAUCUAAAGCCAGAAAAUAUCCUUGUGGAUGAAAACUUCCAUGUUAAGAUAGCAGAUCUUGGUGUUGCCUUCUUUAAGACGUGGAGCAAACUGACUAAAGAAGAAAACAACAGGCAGAGGAAAAUAAAUACUGCUACUAAGGGGAAUGCUGGCCACCUAAGUACCACUGCUAAGGCAAAUGCUGGCACCCUGUUGUACAUGGCCCCAGAGCAUUUGAACGAUGUCAACGCAAAGCCCACAGACAAGUCGGAUGUGUACAGCUUUGCCAUAGUGCUCUGGGCAAUUUUUGCAAACAAGGAACCAUAUGAAAAUGCUAUUUGUGAACAGCAGAUAAUAACGUGUAUUGGAAAUGGAAACAGACCAAAAGUGGAAGAAAUAGCUGGAAAGUGUCCAAAGGAGAUUAUUGAUCUCAUGGUACGCUGCUGGAAUGGGAAUCCAGAAAAACGGCCAACCUUUAGUGAAAUUGACCAAGAAUUCAGGCCUUUCUACUUUAAACAAUUAGGAGAAAAAGUAGAAGAAGAAGUGAAGAAUUUAAAAGAAACAUAUCCUUCUCCAAAUGAAGUAGUGAAAAGGAUGCAGUCUCUACAGGUUGAUUCAGUUCCAGUGGCCCCAAGCAGAACAAAUUCAGAACAACCCAAUUCACUCCAUAGCUCUCAGGAACUCAGGACUGGUUGCAUUGAUGAGUCUAUGUUUGCUCCUUACCCUGAGAACCAGCCAGUGGAGAAUGAGGCCACCCCUGAGGCCCAGAGUCUACAAAGCAAGCUACAAGAAGAGGCAAACUACCAUCUCUACGGUAGCCGAAUGGAUAAGAGGACAAACAAUCAGUCUCAAAAUGCAGCAGAGAGGAGAGAAGAGGAAAGGAGACGAAGGGUCUCACAUGACCCUUACACAGCAGGGCCUGCUCGACCUGCAACUCCUAAAUUUUAUCCAAAUACUUUCCUUUCUGAGAAGGGUUACCAUCUUUCCAAUGCAAACAGUCACAGUAAUCUAUCACAGAGGUCAGCAGAACCAUCCACCCCACUACCAGUGCUGAAUAACCAUCAAGUUUUUGGAUCGAGGCCAAUAGAUUCAAGAACAAACAAUGUCUAUGGACUGAACCUAAGCAGUGUAUCUACCCCCUUUAAAAUGCCUGUGCCUGAAUCUAACACAGGAGCAAACAUGUCAACUCUCCCAUUCGAUGCAAUAGGUCAAGUAAAAGGCAUGUCAACUAUGAUGAAGAAUUUCCCUUUUGUUCCUCAGAUUCCUGUAUCUCUAACAGGCCUAGACAGCUCAAUACCAUGCAAGAUCAUCAACAGCAGUGGAAUUCAGUUUGGGAACAAUAAUUACAUGGUGAUUGAUGACAGCAGUCUGAUGGCUGGAAACAUACCCACCAACAUCCAGCAAGAAUCAGAAUCCAAGUAUCAGCACAUAUUUGGAGAUACCACUGGCGUACUUGAUAAACACCUGGACCCUGUAAGAGAGAAUCUUGGAAGGAAUUGGAAAAAAUGUGCCCGCAGUUUGGGCUUCACUGAAUCCCAGAUUGAUGAAAUUGACCAUGACUAUGAUCGAGAUGGACUGAAAGAAAAGGUGUUCCAGAUGCUCCAGAAGUGGCUAAUGAGAGAAGGCAACAAGGGUGCCACAGUUGGAAAGCUAGCCAGAGCUCUUUUCAAAUGCCAGAGAAUAGACCUUCUGAAUAUUUUGAUAUUUGCAAACCAGAACUAGCCUGCUGGGUAUAAACUGGAAGAAAUGCAUGUAAAUACUUCUUUUAACUAUGCAACGCAAUGUAAAGUACAUAGUCUGUAGACAUUUCUCUGUGAUCAGUCUUUUACCUGCCCAGCUUCAUUCAAGGCAUCACAUCAACCAUUACUGCCAAGUUUGUCUGCGUGACCCCAUCUUUCCAUCUUGCCUGGCCUUUGGAUACUUGUCUGCCUGCCCACGGGAAAGGGCAUCUCGAACCUGCAAUGACCUCAUCUCUUUAGCAUUAAUCUCAUUUCCUUAAUGGUGCUAUAAUGGAUGAGAAGUUGAAGUGACACUAAUCAUGUCUCCUCAUUUGAUGUUGCAUCCAGCACAACAUAAAGAAACAUGGGUCUUUUAAUCUGUGGAGGGAAACUUUUGACACGAAAACAUAGGGCAGGGGGAAAGAAAAGCAGAUAAUAUAAAGAAUACACAAAGAUGCAUAUUGGAAGGAACCCUGAGACUUCUUCAGUUUGCCAGGGCUAAGGGUUAUACAUUAAUUUGCAAAUUAACCGAUGAAAAUCAAGGAAUUCACA